AUGGUUGAUUAUUUGAUUCGGUUUGCUCAGAGCCAUGAAUCGUUUCGCAAAGCAGAAAUUACAGCUCUAGCCAGCUUGGUGGGGGUUGAGAUAGAAUUUCUAGUUUACCACGAUCUUACUCCAUUCUGCAUAGUAAGACUUGCAAAUGAAGAAGCUGCCCGUGCUCUCAUGCGCCGCAGCAUUUUGGCCAAAAACAUAUAUGAACUCUGGGGCCAGGGAGAUACCUACGACCUGCUGAGGGCAGAUGUCCGUCACCGAACAGAGUCCAGAUGGCCCGAUUAUAAGAUGGUUUCCUUUAAAUUUGACGUGGAUACUUAUGCAUCAACUCGAACGGCAAAGGAGAGGAACGAGAUCAUCGAGUCCUUUUCAUUUUUGGCCUUUGAGGGACCGAUAAAGAUGGUUGAUGCCGACGAGAAAUUCUGUGUAUUUGAAGAGUUCGCUCACCAGCUUGCUUCUUCGGGAAAUCCAAAAACUCAUACUGAGCCGGUACUUAAACGUAUCUACCUCGGUCGAUGGGUUACAGAGGGUGGCCGGGCGGAGAUCAACACUUAUAACUUGAAGAAACGCAAAUAUAUCAGUACUACUUCCAUGGAUGCAGAGCUGAGUUUGAUAUCCGCCAACAUGACGCAUGCAGCGCCAGGAAAGUUGUUUUAUGACCCCUUUGUGGGAACAGGGAGUUUUCUUGUGGCCGCUGCUCAUUUUGGAGCAGUGACAUGCGGAUCAGAUAUUGACGGGCGCAGCUUUCGUGGGAAAGAGGCCACUUCCAACACCGAAACUGGAGUCAUAGCGAACUUCAAACAAUAUGGACUGCUAUCCAGAUUCCUGGACACAUUUACUUCCGAUUUGACAAACACACCUCUUCGAAGCACCCGGAUAUUUGAUGGGAUUAUAUGUGACCCACCAUACGGUGUACGAGAAGGGUUGAGAGUCCUGGGGCAUAAGGAUGAUAGUCGAAAGGGGGAACUCAUGAUGUUCCAGGGUGUUCCAUCGUACAAGAGGGAGAAUUAUAUUUUCCCUAAACGCCCAUACGCAUUUGAUGCAAUGCUUGAUGAUAUACUUGAUUUUGCUGCUCAGACACUAGUGGUCAACGGCAGGAUAUCUCUUUGGAUGCCAACUGCGAAUGAAGAUGAUGUUGAGCUUGCAAUUCCGAAACAUCCUUGCCUUGAACACCUUGAUUCAUGUGUGCAGCCUUUUAACAAAUUGAAGUAUCAUCUACACCCCGCAGGGAGCGAAAAGAGGUACCAAGAGGGAACGCCGACGAAUUAA